AUGACGACGGAUCACGCACGAUAUCAAGAAAUAAAGUCCAGUAGCACGUAAGAAGACAUUACUCGCAGCAGGCCGGCGGAAGGUUGCGGUGCAACUAUCACAGCGUUGAACCCUGCAUCCCACUGAAGGGGUGGUACACAACACACAAAGUAUAACACCGAUCUUCCGUUGCAAAUGUCUUUCCAAGUUGCGGUCUGUCGGGCGGUCCGAGUCUGUCAUUUGCUGCCUCCGUACGUUGGAAGAAAAGCUUACGGGGAUCUUUUUUCACAAGAUGCGAAUGAUAGCAUUCAAAGCAACUUUAAAGCCUUCUCCCCUGAUCAGGCUUUCCAUGCUUGAUUUCAAACUUGGCGCGUGUGAAGAAAAAGAAGAAGCAGUAGAAGAAGCAGUAGAAGCACAAGAAGACACUUGGGAUCCCAGGACAAGUGUGGUAUUACUUUUAUUAGUUAAACCUGCGCUGUUUGCUCUUUUCGGAUUCUCUUUUCUUUCUUCCUGGUGCACUCCUUCAACAUUGCCACCAUAUCAAUCCACAAAUCAUGUCGCUUCAUCAUAGUCGAAGCAUCGGAAAGAUGGAGAAAGAAGAUGUCUCCGCGAUCGAUUACAAGGAAUCUUCCUCUCCUCAUCCUACAGAGACGCAAGAUCUACCGACUCCUAGAGCCAUCAAAGGCUUGUCAGACGGCCAAGUACGAUGGCUCAGCGAAGUCAGUCCCAAGGAAGCCGAUCGCAUCUAUCACAAAGUCGACAAGCGACUGGUGCCGAUGCUGGCGUUGCUCUACUUGAUUGCACAUCUCGACAGGGCAAACAUCGGCAACGCGAAAAUCGAAGGUCUCGAAAAAAGUCUGGGAAUGACGGGCAGUGACUACAAUGUCGCAUUGGUCAUCUUCUUCAUCCCAUAUAUUCUUUGCGAAGUGCCCAGCAACAUUCUACUCGCCAAGUUCAAACGUCCGAGCGUGUAUAUUGGUAUACUGGUAAUAUGCUGGGGUAUUAUUAUGACAUUAUCAGGUGUAACGAAAUCCUUCGCCGGACUACUCGCAUCACGAUUCUUCAUCGGAGUCUUUGAAUCCGGAUUUUUCCCUGGUGCAAUGUGGCUGGUGAGCGAAUGGUAUCCUCCACGAAAGACACAAACUCGCAUGGCCAUGUUUUAUCUCGCAUCAGCAGCUUCGGGGGCGUUCAGUGGUCUCCUCGCCGCAGGUAUCGCCCAAAUGAAUGGCAUCGGGGGUUACGAGGGGUGGAGAUGGAUAUUCAUCCUCGAAGGACUAUUCUCCGUCCUCGUCGGAAUCUCAUGCUUCUUUCUCCUCCCCAACUCCCCAGCCAGCUCCAAAUGGCUCAACGCGGAUGAGAUCAAAUUCCUCCAACUCAGCCACAUCGCCUUUCGUGGCGUGAAGGCCGUCGACACCGAUUCCAACGGGGAGAAGAAACCCAAGAAAAUGAUCAACUGGCCGAUCUUGAAACAAGUUCUGACAGACUGGCAACUCUACCUCCAAAGCAUCGUCUUCUGGGCCAACACUGUCCCCAGCUACGGGUUGAAAUUCACCAUGCCUACCAUUAUCCGCAACAUGGGCUUCAAAAGCACUGAAGCACAGCUUCUCACUGCACCUCCAUAUGCGUUUGGAGCGAUUGCUUCAGUGACUGCAGCUCUCCUCGCCGACAGGCUCUACUGGAGAAUGCCAUUUAUUGUCGGCAGUCUGACAAUAGUGGUGGUGGCAUUUUCGGUCCUGUUUUCCUUUGCGGCAGAAAUCAAGACGCAUGUCGCCCUCUGCUAUACCAUGGUCUGUCUCGUGUGUGUGGGACUCUAUCCGAUCAUUCCCGGCAAUAACUCUUGGACGGUGAAUAAUCUGGCUGGGGCGGAGAAGAGAUCGGCGGGCAUCGCAUUCAUGAUUGCGGUCGGGAAUACAGGUGGCAUUGCUGGGAGCUUUAUUUAUCUCGAACGGGAGAGUCCACGGUAUCCCACAGGUUUCGGCAGUUCAUUGGGCUUCGCUGCCGCGGGAAUCGUGGCUGCGCUCGUGUUGGAGGCGCUGUAUUGGCAACACAACAAGCGAUAUGAACAUUUGACGGAGGAAGAGGCCAUUGCACAGUAUGGAGAGAAGGAAUUGGAGCUGAUGGGAAACAAGAGCCCUCUGUUCAAGUAUUCGCUCUGA